AUGAUAGUACCCAAGGAUUGCGAGGCAGCCUUGGGAAAGUUGGGAGCUGCGAAUUCAGUGGACAGAGACAACAGAUCCGAUACAUCCACUCCAGAAAGCCUGCUAUCCGCCCCCCAAGCAAACCCAUCAUCAUCGGAUAGUACGAUUCCCACCGACGAUAAUGGACGUCAUCGGAAGCGUCAGCGAACUAUUGCUGAACCGAUAGAGAUUCAAUCUGGGGACGCGUUCGAUCGUCAGCUUAUCGCGCUCAACAACUCGCCCAUUAUCUCCGCGGCCGACUCUGAGUCAUGCUCUGAGCGCACACGAUCAUUAUUCGCUAUAACGAAAAUCGAUAUUGAAAGCCUUAGGGGUAUGGCAAUGCUGUCCAGCACUGUCAUAUUUGCUCUGCUUCGAUUUGUCGAGGAGAUUGUGGGAUCAGAGAAGGCAAAGGUCAUUGAACCUCUUCAUAUCUCAAAUAGCCACACUGAUAUUCACCCAAACGCUAUUAUCCUUAUCCCUUACUUAAUGGAAGAUAGCCACUGGGUAAUUGGAAUUAUUCGAGAGGAUCGAAGUCGUGUAGACGUCUUUGAUUCACGCCCCAGUACCAAUAAUGACAAGGCAGCACGCCAAAAAAUAAUGGAAUUCUAUACUAGAAGCAUUGGUACCGAGUCCACGCCAGCUUUCAAUCACUCAUCACCGCUGAGGCAGAGCGAGGAAAACAAGGUCGAUAGCGGCGUAUAUGUUAUAAUAGCCGGCAUGUGCCAAAUGAUUGGAGAGUCGAUCCCUACCUGGGUGGAUGUUCCGGGCUGUCGCCGGUUUCUUCUGUCAUUGCUUUAUCAAGACAGCUGCAAUGAUGGAUGGGAAGAUGAAGAGGCACUGGAGUCUUUACAAGACCUGUGUAAGAUUGGACGGCCUGAUCAUAAUGGACCACAUCUCCAGCUGCUACUGAAAUACACACGAAAAAGCCUAGAGAGCAAGGUUGGGCGUAUGGAAAAGAAUGACUGCUCUCCCUUUGCAGAAUAUGGCUUGAUUCUAGUCGAAAAGAUGAAGGCUUCUCUUUCAGCAUUAGAAGUACAUAGUACAGACGUUGAACUACGGUUACAGGAGGCGGAAAAGGGUUUGAAAAAGGAAAUGCGAUAUUUGGAGCUACAGAAGGAAGUUAAGCGGUUGUUGAAAGCGAUAGAGGCCUUGGAAACUUAG